GAGGACAGAGCACUAGUCGCCCAAACCAUUUCUGACAUAUCUUAAGGAGGGGGGAGAAGGGAUAGGAUUUCCCAGUCACUAGCCAAAGCGUGACUUAAAGCAAAAGAUAGUUUCUUGAGAGUUUCAGUAGUUAAAUUAAUAUUAAUUUCCAGGGGAUGAUCAGACGGCUGUAUUCGCUGUCUACCAGAGCAUUUUCGCACAAGUCGAAGAAUUACUCUCCACCCCCCCCCCCCUUUGCAAGGAGCGGUGCUCGGGACCAGGAGCAGUAUGGCGGCCUCCUUACUCCGUUAGUACCUCAUUAGGCUGUCUGCAGAAGAGGACUCGCAGUUGGGGUAGUAGCUUGAGCCGCUUCUAGUAGUUGACGGGCCGAGUCCACUGGGUUUUCCUUUCGCCGGGAGGCGCAGACUGCUGACCGAGUGCCUUCGAACCUCGUAAAGCACCGAGAAGGGACUUUCCCCUCCCCCGAUAGCUCGCAGGGAUGAGCAAUAUUUACAUCCAGGAGCCGCCCACGAACGGAAAGGUUUUAUUGAAAACAACAGGUGGUGAUAUUGACAUAGAACUAUGGUCAAAAGAAGCACCAAAAGCAUGUAGAAAUUUCAUUCAACUUUGUAUGGAAGGUUAUUAUGACAACACAAUAUUUCACAGAGUUGUACCUGGUUUUAUAAUCCAAGGAGGAGAUCCCACUGGUACUGGAACUGGAGGAGAAUCUAUCUAUGGAGCUCCUUUCAAGGAUGAAUUUCACUCACGAUUACGUUUUAAUCGGAGGGGACUGGUUGCUAUGGCAAAUGCUGGACCUCAUGAUAAUGGCAGUCAGUUUUUUUUUACCUUGGCCCGUGCAGAUGAACUUAACAACAAGCAUACCAUUUUUGGAAAGGUAACAGGAGAUACAGUUUACAAUAUGCUGAGAUUGACAGAAGUGGACAUUAAUGAAGAAGAAAGGCCACUGAAUCCACAUAAAAUAAGAAGUUGUGAGGUUUUGUUUAAUCCUUUUGAUGACAUCAUACCAAGAGACAAUAAGAAGCCAAAAAAGGAGAAACCAGAGGAAGAAGUAAAGAAAUUGACAACUAAAGGCACAAAAAAUUUUAGUUUACUUUCAUUUGGAGAAGAAGCUGAAGAGGAAGAAGAAGAAGUAAACCGAGUUAGUCAGAGCAUGAAAGGAAAAAGCAAAAGUAGUCAUGACUUGCUCAAGGAUGAUCCACAUCUCAGUUCAGUUCCAGUUGUUGAAAGUGAAAAGGGUGCAGAUUCAGUGACAGGAGAUUCAGAUAAUAAUGAAGAUGAAUGUGAAGAUGAAUAUGAUAGUGAUGAAAAGAAUCAAAUGAAAGAACGAAUUGCUAAAAAAUUGAAAAAGGAUAAAAGUGAAAAUGUUAAAUCUGCUAAAGGAACAGACAAAGAAAUAGAGAAGAAAUCAGCUAGCCGCAGUGAGGAACUCAAGAAAGAAGUCCGUCUCCUAAAGCGGGAGCUCUUAGCUGCAAAAAAAAAGAGAGAAGAGAGCACUUUUGCCAAACAACCUGAAAAGAGAAUAGAAGAGGAAGAUGAUGCUUCUGAUAGUGCUGUUGCAGAAUAUAGAAGAGAAAAGAAAAAAUACGAAGUUUUAAAGAAGCAACAGCCAAAGAAAGGAUCAUCCCGGGAAGAACAGACACUAGCGUUGUUGAACCAGUUUAAAUCUAAACUCACUCAGGCCAUCGCAGAAACUCCUGAAAAUGAAACUUCUGAAACUGAAGCAGAAGAUGAUGAAGGAUGGAUGUCCCAUGUGCUUCAGUUUGAGGAUAAAAGCAGAAAGGUAAAAGAUGCAAGCAUGCAGGAUGAAGACACUUUUGAAAUCUAUGAUCCCCGGAACCCAGUGAAUAAGAGAAGAAGAGAAGAAAGCAAAAAGAUCAUGAGGGAGAAAAAAGAAAGAAGAUAAAAAGAGAGUAAUGCCCACCAAAACUCAGUGGAAAAGUGAUGGCAGGCUAACGCCCUUAUAAAAAAGUCAUUGUUCCCAAAAGCAUCACUUAGGAGUGUGAAAAGAGUAUUUUGUGAACCUGUUGUCUGGUUUUGAGACGCAAUUAUCUCUUUAUUUUCAAUUGCACAAUGAAGUAAGUAAAUGAUUUGGAUGAUAUCAAGUAGUCUAAGUUUUCCAUGAUGUUUUUUCUAAUGUGGCGUUUUUGUAUGACUGAUUCUGAACUAAAAUAGUUUUUGUUCCUGUCUGCUUGUUAACCACUCGCACGAUGUACCAACUGAGCUUUGUCUUUUCAACUUCAAAAGUCAAAAAUCACUUAAGAGGUACCCACGGAAAUAAAAUCCAAAGAAAGCCUUCCCAAAUGUCUGUGACUGCAUAUACUGAUUUUUUGGAGUUAAUGAGAUGAUCAGAUAUAAUGAUAUUUGGUUUUAGCUCAGCACAUACAUGUGGGAGUGAUGCUGCACCAAUGAGAUUCAGUAGCACUAUGUCUUAAACCGUAGAAAACAGAUGUGCAGUUGGAGAAGGUCAGCACUGGCUGGAUGAUCAGUUAGUUCCAAUUCUGUCAAAACUCCGUUAAAAACUCAUUUGAAGUUGGGGUUAAAUUCCUUUCACUGUGCAAACUGUACUUGUGUAAAAAU